AUGUCGGAUCUGAGUGUGAGUGAGCGAAGGAUACGCCCGAUUCAGGAUGCAGUGGCGAGCGAAAACUGGAAGCAAGCACUUCAAUUGUGCGACAAAUGGGCGAAGAAAGGAGAAAGGUCUGAUCGGUUUCUGGCGGUGAAAGCCUCGGUCCUUGUCCACCAGUCCGACAAAGCCCAGCAUGACCGAGGACGACAGGAGGUUCUUGAUCUCUGCAAGCGAACUCCCCCAAUCACGGACUCGGAAGCCAUCUAUCAGCUGCAAAAGACACUGAAGAGCCUCUCCUUACACGAAGAGAUUCCGAAGCUAUGGGAACGAGCGGUUGCCGCUGGAAAAGAUAACAAAGAUCUCUACACGAGAUGGCUGAACCAAGCAAUAGCAGACAGCAACUGGCGCAGUGCUCAAAAGGCGACCAUGGGUUUACGAAACUCAUUCCCGAAGGAACGGCAGUAUGAGUUCUGGAACAUACUUAUGUGCUACCUAAUACAUAAGCAAGAGGACAUUCCCGAGAACGAACGUAUGCUGUUUGGUACGCUUGCGUACCGCAUGAUCUCAAAGGCUGCUGAGGCUAUACCCAAAGAUGAGGAGCCAUCCUUGUCGUCGGCAAAGGCUAUCUCAGACCCUGAGGAGAUUGCGCUCUUGGUACAGGUCUUCAACUCUACAGGCCAUGUCCAGGAGUCCAUAAAGCUCCUACUGGGCGGAUCACUGAGCAUAGAAUCUCGCCUGGGAGCCAAGGAUCCGCAACUUGUGCUGUCUUUGGUGCUCGAAUCCUUAGAAGCGUCAGAGAACUGGAACGAAGCUCUGAAGGUGUGCCUGGAGCUGCUUGCGAAAUCCGAAUCACAAUCAGACAACCGUGUCUGGGACCUAUGGCUGAAGGCCCGAUCUCAUGCCACAGAUCAGAGCCUGCAAAAACAGUCUGAAGACCUCCUCGAAUCUAUUUGCACAACUAGGCCGAUUGUCCGCUCAGCGUAUAUCGCAAAGCUUAGCCUACUACAAAGGCAACAAGGCGACCAGAUCGGUCAAGACGCUUUGCUGCAGACAUGCAGAGAAUACUCCGAGGCAUUUUCGGAAAAAGCAUUCUGCUUUGAUGACUUGAAGGACGCCUUGCGACGACUGGAUAAACAACACUGGGAUGAGUUCCUGCGGAUUGUCCAACAAAGGCAAGGGCAUUUUGCUCAACUGUUCGCGCUGAAAGUCGUCUAUAGUUCGAUACCCGCUGCUGACUCGGAACCGCCACAUGCUCGCAACCAAAAGCUGCUAGCUUUUGCACACAGGGCGCUGAAGCUAUACCAUUUGUCCAUCGCCGAGCCACCGUCGUGUCCGGAAGCAGCUCUUCUUGCAGCCUUGGCCAUCCUCCACCUACAAAUUCAGGAUCCCCAACACCAGCAGGUCCUGGUCGCUGCAAAUAUACUGGAGAUUGCGCGGUCCAAAUUUGAGGACUAUUAUAUUUUAACAGUCCUUCUUGUUCGACUUCAAGCUCAUUUGGGUCUACUUUCGCUUGCCAUGCAAAACUUCACCAAACUCAGCAUCAAGAACAUGCAAUGGGAAACAGUCGGUCAUCUAAUCUUGACGAGGAUAUCCACCUUGCAUCCGGGUUUUAACGGCGUGGCGGGCGAUCUUGAACCUCUUCUGGCUGCCGAGACUGGUGUGACAGUCCUUGAAAACGCGGACAUGGCUCUAGUCCGAGGGAUACGUGAAGGUUUGCGUUUCAACAGCUACUCGAACAUCUACAAUAGCGCGCAAAUGCGAUCCGACAUCGAACGGAGUAUGAACAAGCAAAUUUGCGCCAUCGAGGAACGGAGAGUGUCGCGAUGGCGCGGCCCGCAAUUUGACGACGCCACAGUCCUGCCACCCAUGGAUCCCUCAAAGGCACUCGUGGACAAGAGAGAUUACAGCUACAUGCCCAGCUAUUCCGAGGAUGACCGGCGGAUGUUGGAAUCAUGCCACUGCGGUAACCAGCCGAAAGGGGGUUGGGUGAACGCGAUGGUGCUUUGCGACAACGUGACCACCUAUCUCAAACAAGACCUGGUCUCACACACAACCCCUGCAAGCGCAGCGUACAAGAACAUCAAAGAGUUCUACGAACGAUUUUCUGCCAACACAUCCAUGCCCACAGAGCUUGAGAAGGAGAUGACCAGCAGUGAAGUGUCGACAUUCGACGCUGCCACGAAUAUGGCACAGGCCAUCAUUCUUCUCAGCGAAGGUCAACCAGGAAUUUCCGGCGCCUCGAAGUCCUUACCCGAUAUCGUCGCGCAUAUCAAGUCCUCGAUAACAUCCGAGCUGGACAGCCGUCGUAAGGAUAAGGACGCCUCGAGAAUUGCAGGAAUGUACAUCCCCUGGUGGAACGACUUACAUACUAGCUUCUCCGAACUGGAGAAAUUGCAAACUAUAUCCCACUUCCUCACAUGGGUUUCGAGGAAGUUGCAGAAAGGUGGCAAGCCCCUCAAGGCCGUCCUUGGGGCCGUGACCAAGGAAUCCCUCUCAGAACUCCAGAGCCUCGUGGCGGAGCUUGAAGCCGAAAACCACGCCCACGCGCGCUGGAUGAAGUCUCAGAUCAACGAGCCUGGCGUGUUGGGCAAGCUCGUCGAUAUCGGCAUGGCGCGGCCAGCGAAUUUCCCUACUGACGCCGAUGUAGAGGCCAAAGAUGGAAACGGCUCUUCCGCUUGGUUGUGGAAUGAACCCAACACCGGAUCGGAAUGGGAACAGGUGAUGGAGGAUCUGUGCGAUGAAGCUACCAUGGAGACCAUCUACGGGAGAUACAGAGAGAGCUGGGACGACGCACUGGAUGGGAUCCUCAUGACUAGAGUGCGGGUUCUGAAGUGA